GCAACAACAUAUGAUUCGGCAACGUAGUUCAGCAAACAAAUUAUUCUGAUUGUCAUUUACGUGUCGUUCGCAAAUAAAAUAAUUUUUGUAAAAUUUAGCUUUUCAUACGAAAUUUGUGUGAUUAAAAAUGCAAACUAGUGGCGCAGAUGAUCUCCUGCAGUUUCGUGAUUACAAUAGCACACCUAGCAUGAGUAGCCCACCGGCACAAAUAAAUGUGAACUCGCCCACCCAUUCUAGUGGUUCUGCAGGUGCAACGCGCGGCAGUAAUGCACUCAACGAUUUGAUUUAUGACAUGAGCAAUUCAGCAGGCAUCUUAAGUGGUAGUAACAACGUAGGUGGUGCUGGAAAUAUGAAUAAUAUCGCACCAGGUGGUGGCGGCGCUGGUGGUGACGCUGAUGCUGGCGCCAGCAACAAGGUGUCAUUUCUUACACUUGAAUACUAUCAGCAAUUCUUUAAUGUGGAUACUUAUGUGGUGAUAGAGCGCAUUGCUAAUUCGAUGAUACCAAAGCGUGCUGGUGGCAACUACUUGCGUUCGAGCAUUGGCCAAAACCCUGACUUGUACGGGCCGUUUUGGAUUACAGUAACGCUAAUUUUUUCGAUUGCCAUAAGUGGCAAUAUCGCAAGUUAUUUACAGCACGCCAAUGACAACUACCACUGGCGUUAUAAUUUCCAUUUAGUCUCCUAUGCCGCCACUUGUAUUUUCAUCUAUGCCAAUCUUUUCCCCAUCGCCUUGUGGGCGCUCUUUAAGUAUAGUCUCAAACCUAUUACCGAUGAUGUGGAAACUGAAAGCGCCGACUACUCACCCUCCCUCUUGUCACUAAUGUGCAUUUACGGCUAUUCGCUAUUUAUUUACAUACCCGUCUCCGUAUUGUGGGUUAUACAGAUUAGCUUGCUACAAUGGCUACUAGUUAUUACCGCCGCUCUACUCUCGGGCUCCGUGUUGAUUUUCGUGCUCACUCCUGCGCUGCGUAACUCUAAAUUGUCGUUAUUCCUCAUAAUCGGCAUAUUGGCUGCACAUUUUCUACUCGCUGCUGGUUUCAUGUUGUAUUUCUUUCAUGUGCCCAGCAAUGUGGUAGCAAAUGUGCCAGUUCCGGCCGCCUUGGAGGCGGUUACACAGGCUGUGAAACAUGUAGUCACCCCGCCAGCCGUUGCUGGCAAUAUUGUACCGCUCAAUGGCACACGUUGAGUAAAUAUUACUUAAAUUUAAUAAAUUUUGUUUUUCCUAGAAAAGUAAGAAUUUUUAUUUAAAUUUAAAAUUAAAUUCAUUUAGAAAUUGUUGAUUUAUGAUUUGCUACCGUCGCAAAUUGACACUUUCAUUUAUAUUUUAUUACAUAUAAUAAUAAAAUAAUUUUGUUAUUACUAUAUAAUUAUUUACAUGCCAACAUAUUCCAUUGUAAUUACUUAAAUUUAAUUUAAAAUUAAUGCUAUGCCAAGUCGUGGUUAAAUAAAUGGGCAUAAAAAUGAAUACAAAAAAUUCGAAAUGUUUGAUAUUCACUUUGAAUCUGUUAUAUAAAAAUAUUUAAGUGUAAUAUUUAGCUUUGCUUUUGUUUGUUAAUGCGCUUAUGCGUUUUUACGUUUAAGAUUUUAUCUAAUUAAGUUAAGCGCCAUUAUGUGGCAUCAUAUGCAUAUGUACCAUGAAUUCAUUUAAAUUUACAUAUUCAUUCAUUCAUUUGCACAACGCGUGUCAUUGCACGUGUCCUUUGGCUCUACAUCAACUCAUUUUUUUAAUUUUAAUAAAACACGUACACUUUCGCUUCACUUCUAGCUUGCAACAUCGAAAGCAACGCAAGGAAAACGGUUUCCUUGGCAACUGUCACUCAUUUCAUUUACAUUGACAACGCUUCAGCGCUCAGUGAAGUUCAAUUUAAAUAUUGAACAAAUUUAUUUUUUUGCAAUAUGCUGCAGCUAAACUAGUUUGCAUUGUGCAGCUUUCGCUGUUGCAAGGCUACAGUAGUCAUAUUAGAGUGCGACACAAUAAAAGCCUUCCAAAUCAACCCCAAAUCCAUAAGCACACACCGAAACUUAAA